GACACGGAUUUUUACCAACCAAUGAUUUCAAGACUAGGAUUUGCCAAUUUAAGCCUUCAUCAAUAAUUCCUUCAAAAAACGUUUUUUUUCAGAGGAAAAGCAUUUGAGAACUAGGUAUAUUGUAGGAAGCUUAGUUCUCUAGUAUACUUGUAAGAGAUUUAAGAGUUUUGUUAUCGUUUCUUGUGGCUCCAUAUCACCGUCUCCGACUGUUCUAGCACUUGUUUCAUCAUUGUCUUGUUGAUUUGGAUAGAUAGUUCAAAUUCAAAUUUCCAAGGUUUAUGGGUGAAUUAAAUGCACAACUGUAUUUAGUUGGCUCCAGUUGUGCAUUUAAUUCACUCCUGUAGGCAAUGGUCGUCGUCCUCUUUAUAGCCGUCAAUCUCAAAUUGUAGCAGUACAUGCUACAGGCCUUCUCGCAUAUGUCAAAAAUCAUAAAUUUGGCCUUACGGCCAUCAAAUUUAAUUUGAGGUCCUGAAUGUCUGUUAACCAAUAAAGCAACUGUGUACUCUCUUCGUCAACCCCACAACUGUGUACGCUCUCAACAAGCCCACAGUUGAUACGGAUCGGUACUUCUAACAUGGUGGUUUGCUGGCCUACUUUGGGUGGCUGUAAUUGUAAUAGAAACUUUCAUUAAAUAUUAUAAAUCUAAGCUGGGAUUUACCCCGUAAAUGAUUAAAAAAAUACACACGUACAGGCACAUUUUGGUUUCCAAUGCAUGGAAGCUCUUGUCUCGAUGCUGUAACUAAUGACUUAGUUAAUACUCCCCGGUUUGUGGUGAAAGUUGUUCAGUCUCUACUGCUGAGAAUUAUUUCUCGUUGGGGAUGUGGGUUUGUCUCAAACUGGAUGACUAGAAAUGGGUGCCGCUUUUUUACUUGCUUUUCUACUCACGACGGCCGCUGUUUACGCAUGUCUCUGUGCUGGUCCUGAACAGGUACAUAUUUCUUUGUCGGGACAGAAUCAAAUGAGAGUAACAUGGUUAACAAAUGAUACCGGUGUGCUGUCAAUAGUCGAGUAUGGAACAUUGCCUGGAGUAUAUAAUUAUUCAGCUAAGGGAGGAAAUACUUCUUAUUCUUACUUGGGCUAUAAAUCUGGCCCGAUUUAUGAUGUUACAAUUGGGCCAUUGGAUGCGAAUACAAAUUAUUACUAUCGCUGUGGAACUUCUGGUCCAGAGUACAAAUUCAAAACACCACCAUUGCAGUUUCCAAUAACUUUUGCAAUUGUGGGCGACCUAGGACAGACUAAGUGGACAAAUUCAACUUUACAGCACAUUCAACAGACAAACUAUGAUGUCUUCCUGUUGCCAGGUGGUCUUUCAUAUGCAGAUACCCAGCAGCCGUUAUGGGAUUCCUUUGGAAAGCUGGUAGAGCCUUUGGCAAGUACAAGGCCAUGGAUGGUCACAGAAGGAAAUCAUGAAACUGAGACUGUACCCAUUGUUGUAACAGAGCCAUUUAUUGCUUAUAAUGCACGAUGGCAAAUGCCUUUUGAGCAGAGUGGAUCAAGUUCAAAUCUCUAUUAUUCCUUUGACGUUACAGGAGUACACAUAAUAAUGCUUGGCUCGUAUGCGCGCAAUGGAAAGUAUUCAGACCAAUAUGAGUGGCUCCAGGCUGACCUUUCAAGUGUAAAUAGAACCAGAACACCAUGGAUUCUUGUGCUCUUCCAUACCCCUUGGUAUAACAGCAAUGCUGCUCAUCAAGGUGAAGGUGAUGAGGCGAAGAAAGCCAUGGAGCCACUACUUUAUGCUGCAAAAGUUGAUGUUGUCUUUGCUGGCCAUGUCCAUGCCUAUGAACGCUUUACUCGAGUUUACAUGGAUGCAAUCAAUCCAUGCGGAGCUUUGCAUAUAACCAUAGGGGAUGGAGGAAGUCCAGAAGGCCUUUCCACACAGUUCCUGGACCCACAACCUCAAUGGUCACUGUUUCGAGAAGCAAGCUUUGGACAUGGUGAGCUUACGAUUUACAAUGCAACUCAUGCACAUUGGACUUGGCAUCGUAAUGAUGACAACAACUCAGUUAUAGCAGAUGAAGUCUGGAUAAACAAUCUAAGCUUUUCAAGCAAUUGCACCAAGUGAAGUUCAAACAGAAACCAAAUAUCAAUCAUAUUACUAAACAAGCAACUGAUGCUCUUUGCAAUAUAUCUUAUAAACAAACAACUGAUCCUCUUUGCAAUUGCAAUAAUGAGUAAUUACUAAUUUAUUAA